CAGUGCCUCUCACCCAUGAUUGGCCGAAACCUGAUUGCUUGUUAAUCAUUGAGUUUUUGCCUUUUUUGGACGCCCCAUAGACACCCAUGGACUCUGACAGAUGUCAAUCGUAAAAAGUAAAAACUCUGGGCGUGAAGCGAUUAAUAAAAGUGCAAGUUUCAUCUGAAACGACAAAAUUGCUGUAAGGAAAAUUGCAGGGGUGUUGACCGAAAAGUGAGUGGGAAGUGAAUAAAUGGAAGUUUAUAUGACAAAUUGCGUAAAUCGCAUAGCAGAAGAUUGUGCAGGAGGUCAGGACUUAUUCUUCAAAGAUUAUAAUCUUUGCUUAAUGGGCGUUUAGAAGUAAGAAGAUGCAAUGGCUGCUUCAACCUCGCAUAGUAUCGAGGAGGAUUUGAAUGGAGAAUCCGAAUCGGAAGGCAGUAGCAUUUAUCAAUGUAGUUCAGUCGUGUCUACGGUUCCAGAUCGACAUGGUUUUUUGGGAGGAUCACAAUACAGUCCAGAAAGAAAGCAGGCAAUUCCUCCAGAGGUGAUUUUGCGAAGAGAGAGGAAAUGGAUCCGUAUGUUAAAUAACUGGAACGUGUUCAUGAGCGCGAAUUACCGCAAGGUACGAGACAGAUGUCGAAAAGGCAUUCCACCUUCGGUACGGCUUCGCGCCUGGUUAAAUCUUUGUGGAGGUCAAUUACUUCUAAACCAAAACCCAAACCUCUACGAGGAGCUGAUUGCGAGGCCAGGAGACCCAAAGUAUAUCGAGGAUAUAAAAAAGGAUCUUCAUAGGCAAUUUCCCCAUCAUGAGAUGUUCGUCGACAAUGCUCCGGGUCAACAGGAACUCUUCCAGGUCCUGAAGGCUUACUCGAUUCUCAAUAGCAAAGUUGGAUAUUGCCAGGCUCAAGCUCCAAUUGCGGCUUUUCUGCUCAUGCAUAUGCCUGCCGUUCAAGCUUUCUGGUGUUUAGUUGCUGUCUCCGACAAAUAUCUUUUUGGAUAUUACAGCCAGGGAAUGGAAACCUUGCAGAAAGAUGGCGAUAUUCUAUUUGCUUUGCUCAAGAGGGUCUCUCCCGUUGCCUACAAGCAUUUGAAGAAACAGAAGAUGGAACCGAUUCUCUAUAUGACUGAGUGGUUUUUGUGCGUCUACACUCGCACUUUACCUUGGGAGAGCAUUUUGCGAAUGUGGGACAUGUUUUUGUGUGAGGGCGUCAAGAUUAUCUUUAAAGUCGCUCUGGUUUUGUUGAAAGGCUCCUUAGGGCGAACGUCUAUCACGAAAAAAUGUCCAACGAUGUAUGAAACGCUUCAAAUUCUCAGGAAUCCACCACCCGAAAUCAUGGAAGAGGAGGCUCUAGUUUAUCAGAUUCUAAAACUGAAUAUAACCGAAGAAGAUUUCAAGUACGAGCAUGAGAAGCAAAUUCUCAAGUGGAAGGCGAAAGAUCGGAAACCCGCUUCCGUAAACAAAUGGACUGAUUUAUAAAACGAUAGUAACUAAGAGCCAAAGUUGUCACACAAAAUUGUGCCUUCGUUCAAUGUCGCCUUUGUGUGAUCGACGAAUUUCAAAGAUAGUCAAUUGGUGAUUUCCAGAGCAUCGAUUAGUCGAGAAAAAAGACGUUUAUUUGAUCUGAUGAAAAAUUCUGGAUUCUUUUGCAUAAUCGUAAAAUUAAUAAGUAAACUGAAGUAGGUCAUUUUAAAUAAAUUUACGAACUAGUUUGUUUGUUGUUAAACAAACUUUAUAAAAAUCUGUUAUCACAUAGUCGAUAAGAUUUAGGCUCGAUGAAUUUUUUAUACCAGAAUUAUAGAAGACAAAAGUUGUUUCCUAAAACGACUUUGAUUUUCAAGAAAUGUUUUUUUAAGAAAAAAAUAACGAGAAGUAUGUUUAAAACAAAAAAGAAAGGUUAUUAAAGCUGUUCUUUUAAUCAAUGUGAAACGCAAUAACCUUGGCACUUUUACUGCCGUUAUUUUCCUAGGGAAAUAUAUUCGUCUUUUUAUUUAUGGUAAUGCAAACACGCAUUAUAUGAGUCUGUUUUUUUUGUAUCUAGCAUAUAGCAGUGUAAUCUGAAUAUCAACGUUUAUAUUUAUCAUCUAAAUACGCACUUCUAUCAAUCUUCAUGUACAAAUUAGCUCGUAUGCAUAAUGUAUUUUUAGAAAAAGUGGUCACCGAAUGAACUUGAUAUUUGACUGGAGUAUCCGACGAUGAAGUUUACUGAACUUAAGUUUCAUUAUAGGAAAUUUGUAGAGGCAGAAGUAUUCACAUCAUUUUAAUUUUUCAUGUAAGCAUUCCGAAUAUUUCUUGUGAGUCGCGGCUAAUAUGACGUCUCCACUCGUAACUAACUUAUUCAAGGUUCGAACAUGCAUUGGAAUACGAUGCGAAAAAUGCGUGCGGCCGUCGCUAACUACAAUGCAAAAUCUUUAAUAAAACUAAGAGAUUGUAAAAAAUAUAUAUCUAGUUAUAAUGUUUAAUAAAAGUUGAAUACCAAUAA